AUGGACGCCGCCGGGCCGCCAUCGGCCGCCGCUUCCGACUCUGGCGGCGCAGCAGCCCAGGCCGACGGCGGCGGCUCCAGCUCCAAGACCUCCUCCCUGCUCGGCAUGCCGGUUCCCGUGGCGGUGGCGGCCGCCGCCGCACUCGUCGCCCUGCUCGUCCUCUCCACGGUGGUCGCCGCCGUCCUCUUCGCGCGCAGGCGGGGCGCCAGGCCGCCCUCGCUGUCGCGCGUCGAGCACGCGCCGUCCUCCGCCUCCGGCUCCUCCCGCGCCGCGUCGUCCGCGCGCAAGGAGACGGUCGGCGGCGCGGACCAGGGCGCCGGGGCGGGCGCCACCGCCACCGCCACCUCCUCUGGCGUGGCCAGCUCCUCCGCGGCCGCGAGCUCCCUCGAGUCGCCGGUGAAGAGGAAGGCGGAGGCGGUGGCGGUCAGGGCCGUCGGCGGAUGCGGGGCCGCGGCGGGGGUGGAGAUGGAGAUGGGGUGGGGGAGGUGGUACGACCUCACGGAGCUGGAGGUCGCCACGGGCGGGUUCUGCCCGGAGAACGUGGUCGGGGAGGGAGGCUACGGCACGGUGUACCGCGGCAUCCUUGCCAGCGGCGAGGUGGUCGCGGUCAAGGACCUGUUUGAUCACAAGGGUCAGGCCGAGAAGGAAUUCAAGGUGGAGGUUGAAGCCAUCGGCAAAGUGAGGCACAAGCACCUUGUCGGGCUCAUCGGGUACUGCGCAGAAGGCCCUAAACGGAUGCUCCUUUACGAGUUCGUCGAAAACGGCAACUUGGAGCAGUGGCUGCACGGCGACGUCGGGCCGGUCAGCCCUUUGACGUGGGAGAUUCGGAUGAAGAUCGCCGUCGGAACGGCCAAAGGCAUAGCGUACUUGCACGAAGGCCUGGAACCGAAGGUGGUGCACCGCGACAUCAAGUCGAGCAACAUCCUGCUGGACAAGAAAUGGAACCCCAAGGUGUCGGACUUCGGCAUGGCCAAGGUGCUGGGGUCCGGGUCCAGCUACGUGACGACCCGGGUGAUGGGCACGUUCGGGUACGUGGCCCCCGAGUACGCGUCGACGGGCAUGCUGAACGAGAGCAGCGACAUCUACAGCUUCGGCGUGCUGCUGAUGGAGCUCAUCUCCGGGCGCAGCCCCGUGGACUACAACCGGCCCGCCGGCGAGGUGAACCUGGUGGAGUGGUUCAGGGGCAUGGUGGGCAGCCGCCGCGUGGAGGACCUGGUGGACCCGCGCAUCGCCGCGCCGCCGCCGUCGCGGGUGCUCAACCGGGUGCUCCUGGUCUGCCUCCGCUGCAUCGACGCCGACGCGCACAAGCGGCCCAAGAUGGGGCAGAUCGUGCACAUGCUCGAGGGCGACGAGUUCCCCUUCCGCAUGGAGCACCGCUCGCCGCGGGCGACUCACCGGACGUCGACGGGCUCGCGGCCGUCGCUUCUGUCGGAGAACGUCGGUGCCACCGACGACUCGGACAAGUCGAUGCGGAGAUGA